CACCGUCUUAAACUUCAUGUUCUUCUUCUAUAUUGUGCCUGCGAGGCUCCAUGGCUCGCCCCUGACCCUGCAACUUCUGAACACGGUAUCAGGUGGUCAUCAAAGGAGGAGGAAGAGGCAAAAGAGAGAACCACGGAGGUUCAAAAGUAAUCAGGUGAUCGAGAGGAAGGAAAAGAAUACAGAUGGCCGACGUCUGGAAAUCCAAGGUUCUUCCGAGGAUUCGAAGGUUUUUGGUGGCGGCAGCAGUAAGAAGGUUGCUGCUGCCGAGGUUGUCAAGUCCUUCGAUGAAUCAAAGGAGGAGAUCAGCAAGGAGUCUAAAGAGAAGAAGUCCGAACUCCGGCCAAAAGUUACAGAGAUCUAUGAAGCUUCUCCUGCUCAAAUCAAGGCUUUGGUGAAGAAUCCUACGGAGUCUGAUCUGAAGAGGAACUCAGCGGCCAUCAAGAAGUUUCUUGAGGAACUAGUAAAGAUUGAGUUCCGGGGCUCGAAGCCUGUCAGCGAGGCCGCCGCCAAGUACGGUCCGGCGGACGUCUCCGGUCCCAUCACGUUCAUGUUCGAGAAAGUCUCCGGCCUUCUCCCGGCAGAAGAGCCCUCAUCCGCCGCCGUCGAGAGUACCUGCAAGGAGGCGACGGCGGAGGCCGCGGAGGAGGUCAAGAAAGAAGAGGCUGAGAAGGUGGAGGAGAACCCUGCUCCUCCUCUUCCUGCCACCGAUACCCCCGCCCCAACCGAGCCUGCGUCGGUACCGGCGCCGGCACAGGAACCUGCAAAGGAUUAAGCUGCUGCUCUCCUUGUCACUCCAUGCAUUGUAGACCGACGACGACAACAGCAUCAUAGUUCCGUGUCUACGUGAUUUAUUAUUCAAGUCUGUGUGUGGUUAAUUAUAUGGGUAUAUGCCCAUGAGUGUUUCUGCUCUCA